AUGUCACAGGUGGAAAAAGGGCCACAAGCCGUUUUGCACAAAUGCCUGUCCACCUGCCCCUCUUCCAUCCAGGAGUGUGCUACUGAGGGGCUGGCUGGACCAACCUGCUGGCUCAGGCACGUGACUGGCCUAACUGCAUGCCCAGGGAACUGCCAGGUUUGUAUUUCUUAUCUGGGAAGAUUUUACCAGGACCUCAAAGACAGAGAUGUCACAUUCUCACCAGCCACUAUUGAAAACGAGCUUAUAAAGUUCUGCCGAGAAGCAAGAGGCAAAGAGAAUCGGUUGUGCUACUAUAUCGGGGCCACAGAUGAUGCAGCCACCAAAAUCAUCAAUGAGGUAUCAAAGCCUCUGGCCCACCACAUCCCUGUGGAGAAGAUCUGUGAGAAGCUUAAGAAGAAGGACAGCCAGAUCUGUGAGCUAAAGUAUGACAAGCAGAUCGACCUGAGCACAGUGGACCUGAAGAAGCUCCGAGUUAAAGAGCUGAAGAAGAUUCUGGAUGACUGGGGGGAGACAUGCAAAGGCUGUGCAGAAAAGUCUGACUACAUCCGGAAGAUAAAUGAACUGAUGCCUAAAUAUGCCCCCAAGGCAGCCAGUGCACGGACUGAUUUGUAGUCUGCUCAAUCUCUGUUGCACCUGAGGGGGAAAAAACAGUUCAACUGCUUGCUCCCAAAACAGCCUUUUUGUAAUUUAUUUUUUAAGUGGGUUCCUGACAAUACUGUAUCAGAUGUGAAGCCUGGAGCUUUCCUGAUGAUGGUGGCCCUACAGUACCCCCAUGAGGGGAUUCCCUUCCUUCUGUUGCUGGUGUACUCUAGGACUUCAAAGUGUGUCUGGGAUUUUUUUAUUAAAGAAAAAAAAUUUCUAGCUGUC